AUGGCCGGCACAAGAAAGCAAGAGACGGCGCUGCCAACGAUGGGCGACGACAUGGGCGACGGGCUGCAUUGGAAGCUCAAGGCGCGGACGUUUGCGAUCACGUUCUUUAGCUACGCCAUGUUCCACGUUGCGCGGAAAUCCUUCUCGUCCAUCAAGGGCGAGCUUAGCCGCGAAGAGUGGAUGGAGUCGUCCUUGACAACGAGCCAAAGCAACAUGUACGGCAUCAUGGACAUGGUCUUCAUGGGCUGCUACGCGUCCGGCCUGUACGUCAGCGGCAUGAUGGGCGACCGUGUCGACCUGCGCCUCUUCAUCUCGCUCGGUAUGUUCUGCACGGGCGCCGCGCUCGUCGUCUUUGGCCUCGCGGGCUUUGCCAACGUGCACGCCUUCGCCUUCUUCGUCGUGCUCUGGGGCAUCAACGGCCUCGUGCAGUCGUGCGGCUGGCCGUCCAACGUGGCCGUCAUGUCCAAGUGGUUUGGUCACAAUGAGCGUGGCGUCGCCAUGGGCUUGUGGAGCGGGUGCGCGUCGUUUGGCAAUAUUUUUGGCGGCGCGCUCGUCGGUCUUCUCUGCUCGUACUUGGAUGCGUCGAUCGCUUGGAAGGUCGUCUUGCUUGUCGCGGGCGGCUUGCUCUGGCUCCUUGCGCUCGUCGUGUAUUGCUUUUUGAUUCCGGAUCCGGCCGACGCCCCAUCGCUCGUGGCCGACAACGAGACGCCCGAGACGCCGAUGACCAAGCCCAAUAUGCUCGAACCGACGCUCGUCAAGCCGUCGCAUGUCCCUGGGAUUUCGUUUUGGCGUGCGUGGCUCAUUCCUGGUGUACUGCCGUACGCCUUGGCGUAUGCGUGCAUCAAGUCGGUGAGCUACUCGCUCUUCUUCUGGGUACCGUACUACCUCACGGUCGCCUUCUCGAUGGACACGUCCCGCGCCAACUUUUACUCGAUUCUGUACGACUGCGGGGCCAUUCUUGGCGCCAUCUCGGGCGGCUACGCGACCGACCGGAUGCAAGUGCGCUCGCCGUACGUCGUCGUUUCGCUCGUACUCUCCGCCAUUGUGCUGCACUUUUUGUUUGGCGCGACUGAGCACGAGACCGCGAUCAUCCUCUUUGCGCUGGGGCUCCUCACGGGCGGUCCCGAGACGCUCAUCACGACGGCAAUUUCCGCCGACCUCGGCACGCACCCGUCGCUCCACGGCAACCAAGCCGCGCUCGCGACCGUCGCUGGCAUCAUUGACGGAACCGGCAGCUUUGGCGCGGCGCUCAUGCAGUUUGUUGUUGGCGCCGUCGCGCACUGCGAGCAAACGUGCACGCUCCAAGACGUGUGUACGACAACGUGCGGCUGGGCCAACGUCUUUUCCGUGCUGCAGGUCAUGCUCGUCGUGGGCGUUCUCUGCCUUCUCAAAAUGCUGUACCAAGACACGCAAGCGCUUCUUCUCUCGUAA